CUUGACUAGUGUGCUACGUCAUAGCCGUUCGUUACAGCGAUUUCGGCGUUUGUAUACGAAGUUACUACGUGUCGACGAAAUUUUGCAAAACUUGUGAAGAAUUUCAAUUCCAAACCGUUCUAGUCAAUUUAAAUUAAAUUACAAUCAUGUCUUCGGAAAAUAUUUUCUCUGUGGCAGUCAAGUUUGUCGGUGAUUACAUGAACAGAACUCCACAGAAACUUAAGAUAAUUGAUUCUUACCUUACCUAUAUUCUGUUGACCGGCAUCAUUCAAUUCUUGUAUUGUGCGUUGGUCGGGACAUUUCCCUUCAACUCGUUUCUGUCAGGAUUUAUUUCAUGCGUUGCAUCGUUUGUUCUUGCUGUGAACUUGAGACUGCAAGUAAACCCAGAGAAUUCCCGGGAUUUCAAAUCUGUAGCUCCGGAACGAGCAUUUGCCGACUUUCUCUUUGCUCAUGUCGUUCUUCACCUCGUAGUCAUCAACUUUAUUGGUUAAUCAAAAUUUCAUGAAAAUAGAGAAAAAUUUUAUAAUGGAUUCUUCUCCAAAUUUUUUUGGCUCCAAUGUUUUGUGAUUACAAACCUGUUAAAGUUGAAGCAAUAAUGUAAAUACUGGUUGCUACGGUGAAGCAUCAGCGUAAAAUAUAAAAUGACUUGUCGCAAUAAAAUUCUAUACAAAAAAA